UCAGUACACCACGGAGUUCACCAAACUGUUGCACAAGCGCUUUCUCACGCUGUUGAAGGUGUACGUGAUAGUGCGUGAGACAGAAGUAUAAUUCAAAUUAAAUGUAUUCGUAUAGUUUUAACUUUUGAUGAGACUUUAAUAGCUGUAAAUUAGAGUUAAAUGCGCUAGCUAGCCAGUGACUGCGUCAACAGCCGUUACGUUAGCUGUUAGCUUGUUAGCGGGGUUAGGGAUAUUCCAUUAAAUUCACUGUUCGGGCAAAGCUUGCUGCAUUAACUGUUUACUUUUGGCAACCUUAAUAAUAACAGGAUAAGGAUUGGAGAAAAGCCUGUGAAGGUGUGAUGGAAAAAGCGGCGGAGGAAACCGUUGAAAAAAGGACAGAUGUAUUCGUAAAGGGUGAAGCUGCCAUCAAACCAGAAUUUCUAACAACCAAAGAAAAAUUUCACGGGUUUGUAGACUCUGAGUCUACAAAAGGAGAAAAGGCCAGUGAAAAUGACAAAGUUGAGGAGACAAAGGAGACUUCUGUUGAGGAACCUGAAGCUAAAAAGCUCAAACAGGAGCCUGUGGAAAGAAAUAUUGCGGGAAAACCAGAUGGUAAACGACUACGGGGACAGAAUAAGUCAAGGCCACACACAAAGCCUACCACCUAUGAUGAAAAACGACUGUGUCUCUCAGUCAUUAAGGACAAUAGGGAAUGCCCCUUUGGAGACAAAUGCCACUUUCACCAUGACGUAGCUGAGUACAUGGACACUAAGCCCGCUGACAUCGGGGAAAGCUGCUACCUCUAUGACACAUUUGGAAAGUGUGCUUAUGGUCUCUCCUGCCGCUUUGCCAAGGCACACACUACACCUGACUUCAAAACCAUGGAGAAUGCAGAACUAAUUAAGGUCUACGAGGGCAGGACUGUGGUGAAGAACAGCCUGAGUAAAGACCUCCAGAAUAGUCUGAGGAAGCGUUCGGUGGCCUUCAAGAAGUCAGCAGAGUACCUCAAAACACUUUCAAACAACAGAGACAAAAGAGAAACGCAAGGGAAUGGUGAUGCUUGUGCAGCUGAAGUAUCUGCAGAUCCAACAGGAGGGGAGCAGCAUGCGUCUACUGAAACAGAAACCCAGCUACAGGCCAGCCCAGAUCCAACUCCAGUGAAGACUGUCGGCCCUCUGACUGAUGUGGAUGUCAUCAAGUUGCGCCCAUGUGAAAAGAAACAGGUGGACUUUCAAGACAAGCUCUACCUUGCUCCUCUAACAACUUGUGGAAAUCUGCCUUUCCGUCGUGUGUGCAAGCGCUUUGGAGCAGACAUCACCUGUGGGGAGAUGGCCAUGUGCACGAACCUGCUGCAGGGGCAGCAGUCAGAGUGGGCCCUCCUGAAACGGCACGAAAGUGAAGAUGUUUUUGGCGUCCAGGUGGAGGGCUGCUUCCCCGACACCAUGACGAGGUGUGCAGAGCUCAUCAACAACAACACUGAUGUUGACUUUGUGGACAUCAACUCUGGAUGCCCCAUUGACCUUGUCUACAAGAAGGGCGGAGGCUGCGGCUUGAUGACACGCACCAGAAAGUUUGAACAGAUAGUCAAGGGAAUGAACUAUGUGCUCGAUGUCCCUUUGACAGUCAAGAUUCGCACUGGUGUUCAGGAGAAGUGCAACAUAGCACACAAACUCAUCCCUGAAAUGAAGAAAUGGGACGUCUCAAUGAUCACAUUGCAUGGUCGAUCCAGAGAGCAGCGCUACACAAAGCUAGCUGACUGGGACUAUAUCACCACCUGCUCCAAGCUGGCUAGUCCUGUCCCACUUUUUGGUAAUGGAGACAUUUUGUCCUAUGAGGAUGCCAUGAAAGCGAGAGAGACUGGAGUUUCUGGUAUUAUGAUUGCAAGAGGUGCUCUCAUUAAGCCUUGGAUCUUCACUGAAAUAAAGGAGAGCAGACACUGGGACAUCUCAUCCAGUGAGCGACUGGACAUACUCAGGGAUUUCACCAACUUCGGUCUGGAGCACUGGGGCUCCGACACCCGAGGUGUGGAGAAGACCCGCACCUUCAUGCUGGAGUGGCUCUCCUUCAUGUGCAGAUAUAUUCCAGUGGGUCUGUUGGAGCGAGUGCCUCAGAAGAUCAAUGAGCGACCUCCAUACUACAUGGGCAGAAACUACCUGGAGUCACUGAUGGCCAGUCAAAAUGUUGGGGACUGGGUCAGGAUUAGUGAAAUGCUACUUGGAGCUGUACCGAAGAAUUUCAACUUUUUGCCCAAACAUAAAGCCAAUGCCUACAAGUGAAUUUCUCAUUGUCUAAAAAAUAAAAAAAUAAACAUCUGUGCUUUUAGAUUUUUUUGUUUUGUUUUGUUUUUAAUGAUAAAGACUAUUGAAUAGUCUGCUUAUUUGACCUGUGGUGCAGUAGUAGAAUAUAUGGGUGUUUGUGUACUUGUAAUGAAAUAUAUGCAAUAAACUCUUUUGCCACACUGAGAA